AUGUCUCUUACCGCUCGAGAACGCCGCAACCCUCCAAGUCGGCGGAAGUCCUGUACUGCUUGCACCAAAGCGAAGCGGCGUUGCGACUUUGCUCUACCCGCGUGUCUCCGAUGCUCUCAGAGACAGAUAUCUUGCCAGUAUCCCACAAGGACGAUACGAGGGCAGCUGAGCCCUCAGUCUGGGUCACCAGAGAUAGUAUCAACUUGUCUGUUGAGUAAUGAACCGUCCCCUCAAGUUUCUAGCAGCUUUCCCAUUACUGGGUCCAUCAUUGAGGAUUUCAAUACCAUCAUCUCAAGAAUUGAUGCAAGCUCUAGUGGUCUGGAUACGUUUGAUCUCCCGCUAGAAGGUGUGGCACUAGAACUUGGUCAACAGCCUUUGGCAUUGACUGGCCCGUCAACGCAAGAUUUUGGCAAUGUUUCAGCACAUAUCUUGAAUCGCCUUCAGUGGGCUGUUGAUGAGAUCAAAGAAGCUCCAAAGAAGAUGGUUCUUGAGAAUCAAACACCGUGGUGUCAUCCACUACUCUAUAAAGAUGCCAUGCCUCGGUCGAUGCAGGAUGCCCACUCCUCUUGUGCCUUAUACCUGGCCAAAAACCGCAUCAAUUCGCCCAUCAUAUUUCGUAGCAUAGAAUCUCGCGUCAACGACCUACUCUCAGCGCCGCCACCAAUAACGCCCCUGGACUGUCUAGCUCAUACCCAGGCUCUCAUCCUUUACCAGAUAAUAAGGCUCUAUGACGGCGAUAUAGGUGCUCGUACAUCAGCAGAGCGAAUCAUUCCAGCCAUAGAGGCUUCCGCGAUGUCCUUGUUCUCGUAUGCCCAAUUUGACAUCGAGGGUACACCUGGCACGCUUCCGCUAUACCCUAUAGCCCCAACAAAAGCCUUCUGGCAAGAUUGGAUUCUCCAGGAGUCACUACGCCGAACUCUCUUAUUCUCGUUCUAUCUUGUACAGACAUAUCGCAUCAUGUCCGGCAGCAAAAUGCUCCAAUGUGAUGGAAGGCUUGGUCUAUGCCACUCAUGGACACUGUCUGCAUAUUUAUGGAAUGCUAUGACCCCUUUGGGAUUUGCUGAAGCAUGGCGAGAUAAGGACCACUAUGUAGUGACAAAUGCCAUCUUUAAUGGUGUCCUCGCCGAGGCAAAGGCAGAUGAUAUAGAUGUCUUUGGAAAGAUUAUGAUUUCAAGCUUAUUGGGACGAGAUGAGGCUGAGGGUUGGUUUGCAAGCAAAGGUGGGAAAUUAUAG